AUGUCGAUUCCUGGUCAAUCUUUCCGGCCGGAUAUACUGUCUCCUUCGGACGCACACGUCGGUCAAACGAGCGGUGACAUCCCCCACCCAACGGUCAUGAACCGGAGUAAUCCUGCUUUUUUGAACAAGCUGCGCAGCAUGGUAGAUGAUCCGAACACAGACGAGCUUAUUCGCUGGUCUCCCAAUGGAGAUACAUUUCUUGUGCCAAACCAUGUACGGUUUGGCAACGAAGUCCUGCCGCGUUUCUUUAAGCAUAACAACUUUUCGUCCUUUGUGCGUCAAUUGAACAUGUAUGGGUUUCACAAAGUACCUCACUUGCAGCAGGGUGCAUUGAAACAUGAUCAGCCCUUACACCAUGAGCUUUGGGAGUUUUCCAACCCGUGUUUCCAUCGUGACCAACCGGAGCUCCUAUCCAAGGUGCAGCGCAAGCGCAGUGGCAAGGAAAAAGACCAGAGCGCGGAUGAAAAAGGGAUUUUAAAUCACUUCCAGAGUAAUGCGCUGACACAUGGCGACAUGGGCAAACUACUCACAGACGGAUCCGAUGUGUCGAGGAACACCAUUAGUCCGGUGCAGCUUGCGAAUGUGAUGAAUGCGCUUCAAAGCGUUCGGAAUAACCAGCGGACAAUCAUUGAUGAGAUUUCCCAGUUGCAACAUUCUAGCCAAGCUUUGUGGCAGCAGGGGAUGGAAAACCGCCAGCAGACCCUGCGGCAGCAGGAUACCAUCAACCGGAUCCUACAAUUUAUGGGAAGCGUCUUUGGGUCUUCUAACGUAGGUGACAUGCUACAUGCAGAUGGGGCAGUAUUAGGCAUACCGGGAGGCUUAGAGAGAGGUAUGCCCAAUAACUUUCAUUCAUUUGCAAACGCAGACCCACAAAUGAACAAUAUCAAGCGGAAUACGCCUACGCGACCGCAGAAAAGAGCUCGACUGUUGAUCCAGGAUGCCAACCAUGCGUUGCAUGGCAACGGAGAAAGCACGAAUGCGAUGCAGGUGGAUACAAGCAAAGACGAAACACUGGACAACAUCAAAGCAUAUACAGAAGCUGAUGAAGGCACAAGCUCACAAAAUUCAUGGACGGGCAUCACGGAAAAAUCCUCGCCAAAAUCGCGUGUUUCGUCGCCGAAGACGGCGCAACCCAACAGCACUACUCUGCCCAAUUCUAUCUCCCCCGAGUCGAGCCAAGCACUGCUGAAUGCUAUCACUGCGGGCGAUAGAGCCAAUGCAUGGGCGAACAAUGUCAACAACUCUGGAUUUAACAACGCUACCCGUCUCGAUCCACAGCUGCUUUCGGCGCUUCAAACUACCUAUCCAGAAGCUUCUGACAGUAACACCAAUUCCACGCAAGACAUGCCGGAUAUGGGCGCCUUGUGGGCGUACGGUCCCAAUAAUGCAAACAUGCCGCCAAACCAAGUUGGCAACGCGAUUCCUAAUGCGAACACACUGCCCGAGGAGCGUUUUGCCCGCGGCGUUCAGCAGGUGAACGCCGACGUACAGGCCAAUAUGGACCAAACAGCCAAGCUCCAAACCACGAUCAAUGCGCUUGUCAGCAAGCUACGUUUUGACAACGACCAUGCAGAGGACAGUGAAAUGCCGAAUAUUCUUACCACUCAGCCAAUGGCGGGCAUGGACGGAUCAGGGACGGCCGUGGAUGCAAAUCCUUUGAACUUCAUGACCUCUGGUCCAGCUACGCAGGGCUCGCCCGUGCCGUCUGAGUUUGAUCUGGACACGUUCUUGAACCAGUUUGUCGAUCCUAUGAGUAGCCCGGGCGGUACUGUACCCUUUGGCCACACGCCAUCCCCUGCUCCUACACAGCACGACAACAACGCGGAGGCAGAUUCUGUCCAGUCUGCCGUUAGCGUCGAAAAAGCGACCUAA